UUCGGAUGCAAAAACCAUACAGACUUUGCAAUAAUAUUCAUUGGAAGUAGAAGUAAGUGAGAUCGUGCGUGGAUAAGUGUACGUGUAUUCGGCGAAUCGUUAAUCUUGAUUUAUUCGGAAAUGAGAUGUUACGAAAUGAAAUGACGAGUAUUACACGAAAAAAAUAUAGCUUUACAUUUUCGACUUAUUCUUUCAUGUAGACUCACACUCUUUUCGGUUGCACCAUCAGGAUGGUAUCACUUUAUGUAUUGAAGUUUCUUUUCCUUAUAUAUUAGCUCUUUUUAAAUGAUUAUGAGCAAGUACCAUUUGAUGCACUUCUCUAUUUAACGGGUGAAUGUAAUUACGGUGGCCGUGUAACUGAUGAUAAGGAUAGACGUUUGCUGAAUUCAUUAUUGAAACAAUACUACAAUGAGGAAGUUAUUACCAAUCCACGGUAUUGCUUUACACCAAGUUGUAUAUAUCGUCUACCAGAAAAUACAGAUUAUCACGGCUGUCUAGAAUAUAUUCGUAAUCUGCCAAUUAUCCAACACCCAGAAGUAUUUGGUUUACAUGAAAAUGCAGAUAUAACAAAAGAUAAUCAGGAAUCAUUGCAGCUUCUUAAAGGGACUCUAUUAACUCAACCACAUAUUACUAGCGUGGGAGUUGAGAGAGAUAUCGACGAUGUGGUUUACGGUCUAUGCGAUGACAUUUUAUCAAAAUUAACGUCGCGAUUUGAUAUUUUAGAAAUUUCUAAAAAAUAUCCAGUGCUCUAUAUAAAUAGUAUGAAUACGGUUCUUCGUCAAGAACUCAUUAAAUUUAAUAACCUCGUUGAUACGAUUAAAAGUACUUUAGUAGAUGUACAAAAAGCCAUUAAAGGACUGGUUCUAAUGUCAUCUGAGUUGGAAGAAGUUUUUCUCAGUAUGAGUAUUGGUACAGUGCCAGUUACCUGGAGUAAAAGAUCUUAUCCUUCGCUAAAAUCACUCGCAAGUUAUAUUAAUGACUUAUUAGACAGAUUAGCAUUUUUCCAAGACUGGAUAGAUCAUGAUGCACCAACUGUGUUUUGGAUAUCUGGCUUCUUCUUUACUCAAUCUUUUCUUACGGGAGUCUUGCAAAAUUAUGCCCGUAAAAAUAAAAUUCCAAUCGACAGAUUAGAUUUUCAAUUUGAAGUAACUCAGUUUGAAACUGAUGUAAAAACAACACCAUCUUAUGGAGUUUACAUAAGGGGUCUAUAUUUAGAAGGAGCAAGAUGGAAUAGACAGUUACAAGAAAUUGAUGAAUCUGAACCAAAGAUAAUGUUUGAUCUCCUUCCUGUAAUGUGGUUGAAACCCGGUAUAAAAGCUGAAUUUAUUAUUGAAUACGUAUAUCAUUGCCCUGUAUACAAAACAAGCGAAAGACGUGGCGUUUUGGCUACUACUGGUCAUUCUUCCAACUUUGUAUUAUAUAUUUUAUUACCAACACACGUUGACGAGUCUCACUGGAUUAAAAGAGGAGUAGCUUGCUUGUGUCAACUUGAUGAUUAAAUUAUUAAAAAAAUAUAUCAUUUUCUAUAUCAAUCUUAUAUGUAGAUGUCAAAAUAAUAUUACAUUUAAGAACCAUGUAUAUGAAAAUUUUUAAUAAAGAUUUUACAAAA